AUGCAGCAGCAACUGCAGCAGCAGGUGCAGCAGCCAGUGCAGCGGCCAAUGCAGCAGCAACUGGAGGAGCAGCUGGAGCAGCAGCAGCAGCUGGAGCAGCCACUGCAGCAGCCACUGCAGCAGCCAAUGCAGCAGCAACUGCAGCAGCAGCUGCAGCAGCCAGUGCAGCGGCCAAUGCAGCAGCAACUGGAGCAGCAGCUGGAGCAGACACUGCAGCAGCCGCUGCAGCAGCAACUGCAGCAGCAACUGCAGCAGCCAAUGCAGCAGCCAAUGCAGCAGCCAAUGCAGCAGCAACUGGAGCAGCAAGUGCAGCAGCAACUGCAGCAGCCACUGCAGCAGCAACUGGAGCAGCAGCUGCAGCAGCCAAUGCAGCAGCCACUGCAGCAGCAACUGGAGCAGCAAGUGCAGCAGCAACUGCAGCAGCCACUGCAGCAGCAACUGGAGCAGCAACUGCAGCAGCAACUGCAGCAGCCAGUGCAGCAGCAACUGCAGCAGCCAGUGCAGCAGCAACUGCAGCAGCCAGUGCAGCAGCAACUGGAGCAGCAGCUGGAGCAGACACUGCAGCAGCCACUGCAGCAGCAACUGCAGCAGCAACUGCAGCAGCAACUGCAGCAGCCAAUGCAGCAGCAACUGCAGCACUCAAUGCAGCUGCCACUGCAGCCACUGCAGCAGCAACUGGAGCAGCAAGUGCAGCAGCAACUGCAGCAGCCACUGCAGCAGCAACUGGAACAGCAAGUGCAGCAGCAACUGCAGCAGCCACUGCAGCAGCAACUGGAGCAGCAAGUUCAGCAGCAACUGCAGCAGCCACUGCAGCAGCAACUGGAGCAGCAACUGCAGCAGCAACUGCAGCAGCCAUUGCAGCAGCAACUGCAGCACUCAAUGCAGCUGCCACUGCAUCAGCAACUGGAGCAACAAGUGCAGCAGCAACUGCAGCAGCCACUGCAGCAGCAACUGGAGCAGCAGCUGGACCAGCCACUGCAGCAGCCAGUGCAGCAGCAACUGGAGCAGCAAGUGCAGCAGCAACUGCAGCAGCAACCGCAGCAGCAACUGGAGCAGCGACAGGAGCAGCAAGUGCAGCAGCCACUGCAGCAGCAACUGGAGCAGCAAGUGCAGCAGCAACUGCCGCUGCAGCAACAAACGCCACUGACGCAGCAGACCCCCGUGCAACAACCAGUUCACCCAGUGCAGCAACUGCAUAGUAUCUACCCGCAACAACUGCCGCAGCAGCAGCAGCAGCAGCAGCAGCAGCUGCUGCCGCUGCCGCUGCCGCAGCAGCUGCCGCAGCAACAGCCGCAACUGCUGCCGCAGCAGCUGCCGCAGCAGCAACAGGAGGAGCAACAGCAGCAGCAGCAGCAGCACGACACGCAGCAGGAGCUCCUACAACAGCAGCAGCAGGUGCCGCAGGAAGAGCAGCAACUGCAACAGCAACUGCAGCAACAUUACUACCAGGAGCAACAGCCAGAGCAGCAACUGCAGCAAUACCAGCAUCAGCAGCAACAGCAGCAACAGCAGCAGCACGAGGAACAGCAGCAACAGCAGCACUACGUAGAUCCCUUGGCUCAGCAGCAGCAGCAGCAGAAGCAGCAGCAGCAGCAGCAGCAGAAGCAGCAGCAGCAGCAGCAGCAACCAGGCUCCGAGCCAGUUGCUGCUACCCAAACACACCUCGUGUCUGGAGCCCCAGCAGAAGGUAAACACUCGCAGCACUUCUUGCUGCUUCAGCAGCAGCAGCAGCAGCAGCAGAAGCAACUGCAGCAGCAGCAAGAGGUUCUGCUUCAGUCUCAUCACCGGCUUGAGAUGCUCACCCGAGCACUGCAGCAUUUAAGGGCUACUCCAGAGCAGCAGCAACUGCAGCAGCAGCAGCAACAGCAGCAGCAGCAGCAGCAGCAGCAGGAAGAGGAGGUACAGCCUCAAACAACAGCAACAGAACAACACCAGGAGGAGAGUCCUGAGCCAUCAGCAACAGAAGCAGCAUCUGCAGCAGCAGCUGCUGCUACUGCUGCAGUCGCUGCAGCAGCAGAUGCUACUAUCGAGCAGCAGCUGCUGCUGCUGCACCCUGCAGCAUCUACACAAGCGCAUGCGCUGCAGCUGCAGCAAAACUCAACGCACACCGAUGCGUUCUCGUCUGUCUUUCAGCAGCAGCAAGGGGAGCAGCAGCAGCUGCAGCAGCAGCAGCAGCAGCAAGGGGAGCAGCAGCAGCAAGUGGGGGGAGCAGCAGCAGCUGCAGCAGCAGCAGCAGCAGCAAGGGGAGCAGCAGCAGCAAGUGGAGCAGCAACAGCAGCGCCUGCAACUGCAGCAGCAGCUGCACCAGCAGCAGCAGCAGCAGCAGCAAAUUCUCCUGCAGCAACACCAGCAGUGGGCCGCCAGCUCUACACAACACUGGAGAAUAGAACAACAACAGCCGCAACAGCUGCCGCAGCAGCUGCCGCAGCAGCACCAGGAGGAGCAACAGCAGCAGCAGCAGCAGCACGACACGCAGCAGGAGCUCCUACAACAGCAGCAGCAGGUGCCGCAGGAAGAGCAGCAACUGCAACCGCAACUGCAGCAACAGUACUACCAGGAGCAACAGCCAGAGCAGCAGAAUACCAGCAUCAGCAGCAACAGCAGCAACAGCAGCAGCACGAGGAACAGCAGCAACAGCAGCACUACAUAGAUCCCUUGGCUGUUCAGAUUCAGCACAACGAUGCAGCUGAGCAGCAGCAACAGCCGUGCUUCGCCGAGCAGCAGCUACAGCAGCAGCAGCAGCAACAGCAGCAGCUGCAGCAGCAGCAACCGCAGCAGCAGCAGCAGCAGCAGCAGCGGCGUAGCAAGGGGCCAGAAGAAGCAGCAGCAGCAGCAGCAGCAGCAGCAACAGCAGGAACAACAACCGCUGCAACAGCAGCAGGAGCAGCAACAGCAGGAGCAGCAGCAGCGGAGCUCCUACAACAGCAGCAGCAGGUGCCGCAGGAAGAGCAGCAACUGCAACCGCAACUGCAGCAACAUUACUACCAGCAGCAACAGCCAGAGCAGCAGCUGCAGCAAUACCAGCAUCAGCAGCAACAGCAGCAACAGCAGCAGCAUGAGGAACAGCAGCAACAGCAGCACUACAUAGACCCCUUGGCUGUUCAGAUUCAGCACGACGAGGCAGCUGAGCAGCAGCAACAGCCGUGCUUCGCCGAGCAGCCGCUACAGCAGCAGCAGCAGCAACAGCAGCAGCAGCAGCAGCAUCAGCAGCAGCAGCGGCGUAGCAAGGGCCCAAACGCCAGAGAAAACCACCGCAGCAGAAGAAGCAGCAGCAGCAGCAGCAGCAGCAGCAACAGCAGCAACAACAACCGCUGCAACAGCAGCAGGAGCAGCAACAGCAGGAGCAGCAGCAGCAAGAAAUGCUGCAGCCACACGAGCUCGAUCAUCAAGCACAAGGACUGCAGCAGAUGCAGCAGCUAG